AUGUAUGAAAAGAAAAUUUCUCUACUUUACUUUAUAAAUUUUCUUGUGCCUAUUUCAGACUAUCCAUUACGUUCUCCAUCCAACAUCAACAUUCAUCCAAAUGCUCGAUGGCAACAAAAUGGUAUUACUGUGGCUGGAGGAAAUCAACAAGGAAAUAGAAUCAAUCAACUCUCAAACCCAUAUGGUUUAUAUGUUGAUAAUGAUCAAACAAUCUAUGUGGCUGAUACAAAGAAUCAUCGUAUUACAGAAUGGAAAUGGAAUGCAACGAGUGGUCAAGUAGUUGCAGGUGGAAAUGGACAAGGAAGUGAAGAUCAUCAAUUGAAUAACCCAACAGAUGUGAUUAUCGACAAAGAAAGAGAUUGUCUCAUAAUAUGCGAUCGUUGGAAUGAAAGAGUAGUUCGAUGGCCUCGUCGAAAUGGGACAAGUGGAGAAACAAUCAUCUCCAACAUUGAUUGUUUGGGUUUGACAAUGGAUGAGAAUGGAUCUCUCUAUGUCGUUGAUGAUGUGAAAAAUGAAGUGAGACGAUAUCGAAGAGGAGAAUCUCAAGGAACAGUGGUUGCAGGUGGCAAUGGAAAUGGAAAUCGUCUCGAUCAACUCUCUUCGCCACAAUACGUAUUCGUCGAUCGAGAUCAUUCAGUGUACGUAUCUGAUGAGAACAAUCAUCGUGUGAUGAAAUGGAUGGAAGGUGCAAAACAAGGCAU